GUUUGUUGUACUGAGCGAUAAAAUGCUGUUUAUAGUUUUCUAAUCGUAAUUCGUAGUUAGCAGGACCGUUACGAGGUUUGUUAAGCAAAGCAAGUUAAAGAAAAUGUCUGCAUCUUAUGAUGAUUGCAUCGUUAGAUUGAGAGGUCUUCCAUGGUCAGUCAGCAAUGAGGAAAUAAUUAAUUUUUUUGAAGGCUGUUCAUUGGCUGAUAUAAAUCUGUUGUACAAUAAAGAUGGUCGACCCAGUGGGGAGGCGUUUGUAGAGUUGAGCACAACCGAGGACAUGGACAUUGCACUAAGCAAACAUCGAGAGUACAUGGGAAGGAGAUACAUUGAUGUCUUCUCAGCGACAAGAAAUGAGAUGGAAUGGACUUUGAGAAAGAAUGGUAUGCCAAGGUUUGAAGAGAACCAGGAUGCUGUUGUGAAACUCAGGGGCUUGCCUUACUCCUGUGAUAAGGACACUCUUGUUAAUUUUUUUGAAGGGUUACCAAUAACUCCAAACGGGAUUUCGUUGAUGACAGAUCCUCACGGCAACGCUACUGGGGAUGCUUAUGUUCAAUUCGCUAAUCAGAAAUUUGCUGAUGUGGCGCUAAAAAAGCACAAAGAACGCAUAGGCCACAGGUAUAUUGAAAUAUUCAGAAGUACGUUGUCGGAAGCACGUUCUGCCAUUGCAGCAGCUCACAAGUCUCAGCAACAGGCAACAUCUAGAAGGCCUGCUCCAUACGAUCGACCAACAUCUGUUGCGUACCAGCGCAAUAAAAAAGAUAGAUUAAGAGGGCCAGCUCGACAAAAUGAUGGCGAUGACGACGAUGAUGAUUUUUAUUCUCGUUCAAGGUUUAAAGGCAACAGAGUAAGUAAUUACAUCAGUCAGACAGGUUAUUCAAUUCACAUGAGGGGAUUGCCUUUCAGUGCGACGGAAAGUGAUGUUAUGGAGUUUUUCUACCCAACAACUCCUGUGAAUAUUGAGAUUGAAUUGAAUCAAGAUGGCCGUCCCUCAGGAAAUGCCAACGCAGACUUCAUGAAUAAAUAUGAUGCGGACCAAGCAAUGAAAAAAGACAGACAGUCUAUCAAACAUAGGUACAUCGAGUUAUUUUACACUGGUAAGAUGAACCGGGGAGAGGGAGACGAUGUUGCUAGUAACUGGAAAUCGUUUUAAAUGAAACGCUUACUUUUUAUUUACAUUUUUGACUGUUGUUAAUAAAAAACGUUAAAUUGAUCAAUUCUUUGAACACGUCAUGGUAUAA